CCAUGGCGUUUGAUCUGUAGAUGGCGCUGGGUACCAAAGCAUACCCAUCACACCCGCAUCAUUUGAUGGAGACACUUGGAUGGAGAGAGAGAGAGAGAGAGAGAGAGGAGGUUCUGCUAGUCACUGCAGUCACGCUCUCUCCCUCUAUUCACGCGCAGUGCACUUGCCUGGCGAUGCUACAGCGGUUCCUCCUCCCUUAUGUAUUGGACUGUACAGCUACAAGAGGCGGGAGAUGCGCAUCAGCAACCCGCUACCCGCCGAAGCUCUCUCCACUUCAGGACGGAAGAGACUAAAUGUAGAUGCAUUCAGGUGCAAACUUGCAUGAACUAAAAAAUAGUCCAUGUCGGGGUUUCGGGAUGUGAGAUAGCUGCACGUAGCCUUUUCUAGGGCUAUAUUUCACUGUUGGACGAGGGAGUCGGCGGCGUCCUCAGCUGUUGCAUUUGGGGGCUGAAGUGUUCGGAGCACAGAGAGAGGUCAGGCAACUAUGCGAUUUGAUUUCGAACGGUAAUUCCGGAUCAGUUUGACUUGUGCGGCUGAUGCGAGCGGAGGUUGACACUCAGUGCCCUCUGAGUUGUAUUUCAAGCCUGUUGUCGCCGGUAUUACCGACAACGGAACCGUAGGGAUGGAAAAAGCUAGUCAGCCACAGCUUUCGCUGUCCAUAACAAAGAGUGAAAGUCCAGCGGAGGACAUCUCAAAUAUACAGGACGAGGACCUUCUCAAGUGGACCAAAGAGGAUUUGGUGCGGCGGCUCCGGCGGUCUGAAGCCGAUAAAAUGAGCGUGAUACUGGACCACAGCAAUCUGAUCCGCGAGGUCAAUCGCAGCCUCCAGCUGCACUUGAACGAGAUAAGAGGGCUGAAGGACAUCAACCAGAAACUACAGGAGGACAACCGGGAGCUGAGGGACCUGUGUUGCUUCCUGGAUGACGACCGUCAGAAGGGCAAGCGGGUGUCCAGGGAGUGGCAGCGACUGGGGCGCUACAGUGCCUCCAUCAUGAGGAAAGAGGUGACGUUAUACCUUCAGAAGCUCAAGGAGCUGGAAGUGCGGCAGGACGAGGUGGUCCGGGAGAACCUGGAUCUCAAAGAACUCUGUUUGUUACUCGACGAGGAGAAAGGAGGAGGUGGUGGAGGGGUGGGGGUUGGUGGAGGAGGAGGAGGGGGGGGAGGUUGUGUGGUGGGGGUGGCAGGAGGGUGUAGGAAUUCUAUCGAUAGCCAGAGUAGUUUGUUGCUGGUCCCUGGGACAGGGUUGUUGAUGAGGGACGUGGGGGAUGGGAGUAGUACGUCUAGCGCGGGGAGCGCCGACAGCUCCGAUCACCCCCACCACAAGCUGCUCCACCUGGCUACACACGCCGGUAGCCUCGGGGGCGGUGGAACUGGGAGCCCGGAGCAUCUCCAAAAGCCCCGGGCUGGCAGUAUGAGUGGAGAACGUGAGAUCCCCUCCAGCCCUGAACCUCCUCACCCCCAGGGCAGGCACCGUAGCACCAGCCUGGAGUAUCCGUACGCCAUGCCCCAGAUCUGCCGGCCCCGCUGUGGCUCCAUCUCUGUGCCCGACCACACGCAUAGUGGCCGUUCCAUGCGGGGGCUCAGCCCCGAGAAGUACGGCCGCAACGUGGGCCGCCGGAGCCCCGAGUCCCAGCACCCAUCCACCAAGCAUCACCACCUCCACGGCUCCGACCUGCUUCUCUCCCAGAAACAGCAGCACCUCCUGGGGUCGGGUCAGGGCGGCAGUGCCGGGGAGCUCUACCAGAGGCACCACAGGGGGAGUAUCGGGGGUGGUAGCUGCUGUGGAAGCCCCGAGCCCAGACAGGCACAUCUAGGGUUGGGGACGCCAGAGCACCAGCACCAUGAGAAGGGCUGUGUGAUGUCGGCCGGGGGCAGUCCAGAGACUCACAGGCACCAGUAUAGUGGGAGUCCAGACCACAUGAAGUUCGGCAGCCCUGGGAGAGAGGUACAGAAGAGACCGGCCACCGCUGAAGAGCUGUCACCGCAUCACAGAAGCAUGUACAACGGCAUGAACGCUUUGAUGUCAGCUGGAUGCUGUACCACCAACUGUAGAAAUGUCAAAAUAUGGGACAGCUUCGAUGCCUCUUCUUGACCACACUGCACCCCAGCUGGGACGUUUGGGGUGAGAGGUAUCUCCUCAACGGGGGGAUAUGGAGGGUCCAAACCUCCUGCUGCCCUGGCCCAAACAGACACUAGGACAACUGGACACCCCUCUCCAAGAUCCUGAUGGUCUGUCCUAUCCGUCCUCAUAUACUACUAUGUUUCCAUUUCUACGUCUAGAGUUCGGGACAAUUCGGGGGAAAACUUGGGAAUGCUAUUAGGACGGAUGGAUGGCAUUCCCAAAGACUGCCACAGCUAAAUGGAUGAGAGCGAGACUAGAUACCACAAAUGAGCUCCCUGCCAACCACCAUGACAUGGCCUACCUCCCAGAGAGGGAAAGAAGCAGGGGAAGAAGUGAAAAGAAGGAGAGAAGAAGAGCACCACUCCUCUCUGUUUACAGAUUCAGCUCAUCAGUCUGGGGUCCACUCUCUUUCUCCUCUCUCUCUCUCUUUCUCCUUAUCUCUCUCUCUCUCUCUCUCUCUCACUCUCUCUCUCUCUCUCUCUCUCUCUCUCUCUCUCUCUCACACUCUCUCUCUCUUUCUCCUCUCUCUCUCUCAUCUCUCUCUCUCACUCUCUCUCUCUUUCUCCUCUCUCUCUCUCAUCUCUCUCUCUUUCUCCUAUUCAUCUUUCUCCCGCAGCCUCUCCUCUCUCUCUCUCUCUCUCUCUCUCUCUCUCUGUCCUGUUCAUCUUUUUCCCUCAGCCUCUCCCCUCUCUCGCUCUCUCUCUCUUUCUCUCUCUCCUAUUCCUCUUUCUCCCUCACUCAGCCUCUCUCUCUCUCUCUCUCUCUCUCUCUCUCUCUCUCUCUCUCUCUCUCUCUCUCUCUCUCUCUCUCUCUCUCUCGUUCCUCUUUCUCCCUCAGCCUCUCCCCUCUCUCACUUAAUCUCUAUAUCUUCACUUCUACUUUCUUCUUCCCUUUCCUCUCUCCCCUGAUUUCUCGCUCUCUCCCACCACCCCCUUUCUCUUUCCACCCCUCCCUCUCCCCCCCUCCUUCCCCCCUACCUCUAGCAGCCUCCACAGAUAUUCAUCAUCUUCUUCUGUGUACUGAGACAGUAGUAAUCUAAUGUUCCUCCUCUCGUCUGCAGCCACAAAUCUAGAUGAUAAGAUUAUCCUAUCCUCUCCCAGUCAUCAUCUCAAACUUUUGUUGACCAAUUUCAUUAAACAGAGUGAAAAAGCUGAAGUUUGUGUUAAAGGGAAAGUUCAGCGAAAUUGCAUAUUUAGAUAUUUGUUUCCUCACCUUGAAAACAGUUUCUCAAAUAUCGAAUUUUGCUGAACUAUCCCUUUUUUAGAAGUUCCUAGGCAAUUACCCUCCACCACCACCAACAUGCUGUGUCUUAUUACAAAACUACAAAAUGGCCGCCAAUGUUAGCUUGUUGGGUAACAUUGUAGUUCUAACCAGAUACAGUGUUACGGUGUUAGCCUAGUUUUAUUUUUUGUAAAAUCUUGCUCCCUUCCGAGCACCUAUAUUUCCAGCUAGGGAGGUGAGUAUACAUUCUCCAUGUUGUUUUAUACAAGAAAGGUAAAGUCAAAGUACAUAGUAGUUUAUUGGGAUUAGUUUUCUAUAUAUAUAUAUAUAAUGAUUAUUAUUUUUGACUGGUAUUAGAACAAUUAUAUGAAGAUAUCUAUGUAUACAAAAUAAUAAAGAUUCUUCUUUAUGUAAA